AUGCAAGAACCUGCACCGCCGGAGCCGGAGAAACCAUCCUACUUUCAACGGUAUUUGGACGACUGCUUCGAGAGAAUCCGCAAGACCAAACUCGUCAACGACGUUAUAAUCCUCAACCGGGUUGGAAUUCCACUGCGGAGCACAUUCACCGACCAGAAAGUCUGCAUCCAACAGGCGGGACUCUACGUUGGUUUGUUCGACAGAGCUUGCAACCUUAUCAGAGCCACGGAUGCAACGGACGAAUUUCUUCUGAUGAGCGUCAAAACCCGCCACAAUGAGGCGACCGUAUCGGCGGACCCCGAGCAUGGGUUGGUGUUCGUUGUGGUGCAACAACCGGAAUAA